CCAUACUACUAUCUUCUCCAGACCGACUCAACACAACACGGAUUCAAUUCUCCAACUAGCACUCAUGCUUUCUGUAUUUUCCUCCUCAUUGCCUCUUGCGCGCCAAGCAAACUACAGCCAAUAGCAAUAGUUACAGUCAACUUUUAGAGAGAGAGAGAGAGAGAGAGAGAGAGAGAGAGAGGGCAUGGCAGCAAUGAGGAGACUCGGUGGAACAAUUAGGACGUGCCGUGCGAUGGCCGCUUCCAAAACCCUAACCCCUUCGUAUGCUCCUUCUCUCCAGUUUCAGCGCCGGCUGCAUGAUCGAUCCUUUGAGCAGAAUGCUUAUGCACUUGAAGGUCAACGUCUGACAGUAGAUUCUGGAAUUCCGGUACUAUUUUCAGUUCCAGCUAUCUUGGCUGGAUUGUUUGGGGUUGGACUAUUAGAAGUAGCUCAUGCAGAUGCUGAUGAGGCCCAUCCUAAAACUCUGUUGCCAUCUGAAUCUCCUUCUAGUCAUGUGGACUUGGAGGAAGCUGCAAGGAAAGAACGACAGCGUUUAGAAGGCUUACUCAAAACCAAAGGAAUGCAAUAUGGUUCUUAUCCUCGGUUUACCGUUGCUGUUAAGGGCCAAAAGAUCACAAUCAAAUUCCAAAUUCCUCCGAACUGUGAAAUUCCGCUCCUGAUUGCAAACCUUGUUUCAAGUCUUGGACUCAAGGUCGAAGACCAUGGUGCUGGAUCAGAUAUGGUAUUGAGGGCUUGGGAUAGUGCAGUUGCUUGGCAACUAACACUUAGUCGUCCAGAAAAUCCAAAGGAAUCUGGUGGGAGUCCGGGGCAGCCAGAUGAGGGAGAUUUAUGUGUUCUCUUGUUUCGUUCACUCAUCAGCUCUGAUAAGCCAGAAAUUGAGUUCAUAAAGAGGGGUAGCUUUAGCUCCAAUGAGCUUGAUGCUUUGGCAUCUGCGUUGCAAUUAGCAGGACAAAAUAGAACUGUUGAAAGAAAAUCUCGGGGUGAUAAUACGCUGAAGCCUUCUGUAGAAAAGUCGGUUGCUAGUCUAGAGGCCAUGGGAGUGAGAAUUUAUGGACUUAGUGAGCCGAAUCUUGGUGAUUCGAAGGCUGAGAUAUCAUGGGACAAUAUUGCUGGUUAUAAUCAGCAGAAACGGGACAUUGAAGACACAAUAUUGUUGGCUCUUCAAAGUCCUGGUGUGUAUGAUGACAUUGCUCGUGGGACACGUUCUAAGUUCGAGUCAAACAGACCCCGAGCAGUGCUUUUUGAAGGCCCACCAGGUACUGGGAAGACAUCAUGUGCUCGUGUAAUAGCUAAUCAAGCGGGUGUUCCAUUGCUUUAUGUGCCAUUGGAGGUUGUAAUGUCUAAGUAUUAUGGUGAAAGUGAACGAUUGUUGGGAAAAGUUUUUUCCCUUGCAAAUGAGAUCCCUAAUGGUGCCAUUAUUUUCCUAGAUGAGGUUGAUUCUUUUGCUGUUACUCGUGAUAACGAGAUGCAUGAAGCUACACGUAGAAUUUUAUCAGUGUUAUUGCGGCAGAUAGAUGGAUUUGAGCAGGAGAAAAAAGUGGUGGUAAUUGCUGCAACCAAUAGAAAGCAAGAUCUUGAUCCUGCUUUGAUUAGUCGAUUUGAUUCUAUGAUCUUCUUUGGCCUACCUGAUCAGCAGACCCGUCAGGAAAUAGUAGCUCAGUAUGCGAAGCACUUGACAAAAUCUGAAUUAGCUGAAUUUGCUAAAGUUACUGAAGAAAUGUCUGGAAGGGAUAUCAGGGAUGUUUGUCAGCAAGCAGAGCGAAGAUGGGCUUCUAAGAUCAUUCGAGGCCAAGCAGAUAAAGAUGGAGAAAAUGGGUCACUUCCACCUCUCCAGGAAUACACCGAGAGUGCUAUGGACAGGCGGAGAGCUCUACUUAGUGGGCUUUCAGACCAAAGUGACCGGAAACCUGUGGUGAAGAAACCCCAGCUGGACUUGGCAUAAGUUUUUAUUGGCAGAUUUAUAUGUUAAUAGGUACUUUUGGAAGGUCUGAAAGAGGAGAGAUGCUUGUGGUUGGGGGGGAGAUUAUGCUCAACAGAUUAACGUUUCAUUGACUUCAGUUGGGUCUCUUCGAAUCAGUAGUAUAGUAAUGUAAAUAAUGCAAUUGUAGAUGUGAUAGAUGAUAUUGGAUGAAGAUUUAGGUGCUGCAGAUCCAGGAGGUGCCUUGGCAUCACAACUUGGCUGGAUACAAUGGGAAGAUUUGGUGCUGCUAGAUAUGCUCUUGCCUACAAGGCUAAUCUGGCAUUUUUGCUUUACAGGCAUAAUGGUCCUUGAUUGACUCCAGUGGUGAAAAUGGAUUCAUCUCAUUACGAACAAAA